CAAUCCCAAUGUUAUCGGUAUCGAAAGGACAAGUGGUCACACUCAACGCCGACGAAGCUCCAUAAAAACUACUUUUGCCAAAACAAUUGGAAAAUCGAGUAGCAGAAGAGCAACAGCACCGCUGCGGUAGAAAUUAGUGCCGUUGACUUUCAUCUCUCAUCGGCUGGCGGUGUUUAUUUGUUGUUAAGAUAAGUUGGUGCUCCGAGCUACUCAACUAACGCUGCCAACGAAGCUUCUUUCGCAAAGUGUGCGUGUGCCGCGUUGCAACUUUUGUUUUUGCGAAACGCGAUUUUAUUAGAUCCAGAUCCGCGAAUCUGAAUUAAAAACCGGCGGAGACGAGGAGAGAACGGGUGAAUGUCUCAGAAACAUCAAAAGCAAUCCUACCAGCCGCUACCCACCGCGGCCGCCAUGGAUAAUCCGGCGAUGAGCCAGAGCAGUAGUAGCGGCGGCAGCAGUAGGGGCGGCAGCCGCGAGGAUAUCGCCAACCUGGCCCCCAUGGGACUGCCUGCCACACACUCAUCGCAGCAACUGAUGCAUUCAGACUCAGACAGCAUGGAAGAGCGGCAUCACCUACGUCCAAACCCAUCGGGGGAUCCUAUUUUACCUAUACAUCCGGCCGUGCCCCUUCACCUGGGCGCCGUUCGGGCGUCUGAGUGGUUCGCGGUGUCGGUACUCUGCUUCGUCAACCUCAUCAACUACAUGGACCGUUUCACGAUCGCCGGAGUGCUCACGGACGUCCGGGAUGACUUCAACAUCGGAAACGACAAGGCGGGACUGCUCCAGACCGUCUUCGUCACCUCGUACAUGGUCUGCGCCCCGAUCUUCGGCUACCUCGGCGACCGCUACUCCCGCCCCUGGAUCAUGGCGGUGGGCGUGGGCCUGUGGAGCACAACCACCCUACUGGGGUCCUACAUGCAGGACUUUGGCUGGUUCAUCACCUUCCGGGCGCUGGUGGGCAUUGGAGAGGCCUCCUACAGCACCAUAGCCCCAACCAUCAUAUCCGACCUGUUCGUCUCGGACAUGCGCUCCAAGAUGCUGGCGCUGUUCUACUUCGCCAUUCCGGUGGGAUCCGGCCUGGGUUACAUCGUCGGCUCCAAGACAGCCCACCUGGCCAACAACUGGCGCUGGGCGUUGCGGGUCACCCCCAUCCUGGGUGUCAUUGCCGUGGUGCUGAUUCUGCUCAUCAAGGACCCGCCCCGGGGACACAGCGAGGGAUCCCAGAACCUGGAGGCCACCACCUACAAGAAGGACAUCUGCGAGCUGUUGAAGAAUCGCUCGUUCAUGCUCUCCACGGCGGGCUUCACCUGCGUGGCCUUUGUGGCAGGCGCCCUGGCAUGGUGGGGUCCUUCCUUCAUCUACCUAGGCAUGAAGAUGCAGCCCGGCAACGAGGAUCUCGUCCAGGACAACGUUGCGUUCAACUUCGGAGUCAUCACAAUGGUGGCGGGCCUGAUCGGUGUGCCGUUGGGCUCGUUCCUCUCGCAGUUCCUGAAAAAGCGCUAUCCCACCGCCGAUCCGAUCAUCUGCGCCUUCGGCCUGCUCCUGAGCGCUCCCCUGCUGACCGGGGCCUGCCUGCUGGUGAACAGCAAUUCCGCGGGCACCUACGCCCUUAUCUUUUUCGGGCAGUUAGCUUUAAAUUUAAAUUGGGCAGUCGUUGCGGAUAUCCUGCUGUAUGUGGUGGUUCCCACCCGUCGCUCCACGGCUGAGGCCUUCCAGAUCCUCAUCUCGCAUGCCCUGGGGGAUGCCGGCAGCCCGUACCUGGUGGGAGCGAUGUCGGAGGCCAUCAUGAAGCACUUGCAGAAAAAUCCCGGCGAUUCUGGCUUGUCUACGGAAAUGGAGAGCAUGUCGCAGGUGGUAGAAGAGACCACCGAGGCUGUAAGUGGCCUGGUCGAAGGUGCAGUCGCUAAAAUGGCAGAUACCAUGGCCAUGAUCGCGGAAAAGAAACCAGGAGAAUUCUCGGAUGUUGUCCAGUUCGAAGGAUUGCAGUACGCCCUCUUCUCCACCAGCUUCGUGGAAGUCCUGGGCGGCAUAUUCUUCCUGAUCACAGCCUGUUUCAUUAUCAAGGACAGGCUAAGGGCUACUCAAGACGCGUCCCAGCAGCAGGAGCAGCCGCCGCGACGGGAGCAGAAUGUUGCCUAAUACCAGCCGAUCCUUGAGGUUAUGCUGCGCACUUGGAGCUCCAACGAGGCGCUGCAGGCUGAACUUUUUCUGACUGAAAACCAUCUUUAAUUUAAACUCAUGCUCACCAUGCAGUACACCUCAGUACACCAUGCCAUCUCAGAUAAAGGCGGGGAAUCGCAUUUGGAUUCUAGGAUUCUCCUUGUGAUGUUCCUAUUAGGAGGGAUAUAUCGAUGGGAUUGGACGGACGGACGGAUGGUCGUCGUGGCAGACCCAAGCACGAACUACUUCUCCGUUUGUAGAUAGAUGCAAAGACACUCUCUCACAUGCACCCGAGUCAUAGCAUUAUUCCGAAAGUAAUGCCGAAUUAGUCGUACAUUUAAAAAUAGUUUUGGUAUUCUAGGCUAAAUCAAAAUUAUGGAGGGAGCAGCCGCUUUCAGUGCAUUUGAAAUUGAUAAUGUAUCUUAUCAUCAUGGGCAUUCGAAUGCCGAGUGUUAGAAGUGCCUACUAUGCUAAUAUUGUUCACUGCUUUUAUGUAUAUUAUGACACGACUUGUAAAUAUAUUUAAGAAAACACCGGGCCAUUGGAUAAGUGCAUAGUUUGUAUCGGUAGUUUCCCCUAAUUUUAUAUAUUUUAAUCGUAGCUUUACUUAGUUAGACCUGUAACAAAUUGGAGAAAUGCCCGCACCCUCAACAAUUACUGAAUAUUAAAGAUUAAUUAUACAAUAAAACAAGAAACUAAACAAAUUAA